CAGUGAAGGACCGGCUGGCCAGCGAGGCUUGGGUUUUGGCGCCUUCCCGUCGUGCUCCGCGGCCGGAAGAGAGGCGGAGGCGGUAGGAGUGGGACCAAGAUGGCGGCUCUGGGCGGAAGAACGGCGGAGGAAGGCCUGCCCCGGCACCUGCCGCUUCCGCCGCCUUCUCCGCGCAAGAGGACCACCAGCCAAUCCAAGACGGAGCCACCGCUGCUGCGGACCAGCAAGAGGACCAUCUACACGGCCGGAAGGCCCCCCUGGUACAACGAGACCGGGACCCCCUUCAAGGAGGCCUUCGUGAUUGGUUUGUGUGGUGGCAGUGCAUCCGGCAAGACAACGGUGGCCAACAAGAUCAUUGAGGCGCUGGACGUCCCUUGGGUGGUGCUCCUCUCCAUGGACAGCUUCUACAAGGUGUUGAACAAAGAGCAGCAGGAGGCAGCCGCCCGCAAUGAAUACAACUUUGACCACCCAGACGCCUUUGACUUUGACCUCCUGAUCAGCGUUCUGCGGAGGCUUAAGGAGGGCAAAAGCGUGAAAGUCCCUGUCUAUGACUUCACCACACACAGCCGGCGCAAGGAGUGGAAAACCAUCUAUGGGGCUAAUGUGAUUGUCUUUGAAGGGAUACUGGCAUUUGCCAACAAGGAGCUCUUGCAGCUCCUGGAUAUGAAGGUAUUUGUUGACACUGACUCAGACAUCCGACUAGUGCGGCGGCUGAAGCGGGACAUCAUGGAGCGUGGCCGAGAUGUGGCUGGUGUCAUCAAGCAGUACAGCAUGUUCGUGAAGCCAGCCUUUGAGCAGUACAUUGAGCCCACAAUGCAGGCUGCAGACAUUGUGGUCCCCCGAGGAGGAGAGAACUUUGUGGCACUGGAUUUGAUUGUUCAGCAUGUGCACAGCCAGCUGGAGAAGCGCGAAAUCACAGUCAGAGCGGCCCUGGCAUCAGCCCACCAGGGGCAGCCCUUGCCAAAGACCCUGAGUGUCCUGGAGAGCACACCGCAGGUCCGGGGGAUGCACACCAUCAUCAGGAACAAGGACACCAGCCGGGACGAGUUCAUCUUCUACUCCAAGCGCCUGAUGCGCCUGCUGAUCGAGCAUGCCCUCUCCUUCCUGCCCCUCAAGCCAGUGACUGUGGAGACACCGCAGGGGACGGUUUAUGAGGGGAAGCGCUUCCAUCGGCAGCGGAUCACAGGUGUUUCCAUCCUGCGUGCAGGCGAGACCAUGGAGCAGGCUCUGACCGCUGUUUGCAAGGACAUCCGCCUGGGCAAAAUCCUCAUCCAGACAAACCAUGACACUGGGGAGCCAGAGCUGCACUACCUCCGGCUGCCCAAGGAGAUCAGCGAGGACUAUGUCAUCCUGAUGGACAGCACGGUGUCCACUGGUGCUGCUGCCAUGAUGGCUGUGCGAGUGCUGCUGGACCAUGAGGUGCAAGAGGACAAGAUCUUCCUGCUCUCACUGCUUAUGGCUGAGAUGGGGGUCCAUUCUGUGGCCUAUGCCUUUCCUCGUGUGCGCAUCAUCACCACAGCGGUGGACAAGAGGGUCAAUGAGGAGUUCCACAUUGUCCCUGGCAUCGGUAACUUCGGAGACAGAUACUUCGGCACCGACGGCACCAUGUGCUGGGCGCGAUGGCGGCGGAGGCCGGUCGUUCGCAGCGGAAGAUGUCCCGGGCCGGAGAGAGUCUCUACCGCGUGCUGGGCCUGGAGAAGGGCGCCUCCGCCGAGGAGGUCAAGAAGGCCUACCGGAAACUGGCUCUGAAAUACCACCCAGACAAGAACCCUGACAACCCGGAAGCAGCCGAGAAGUUCAAGGAGAUCAACAACGCCAACACCACCCUCAGCGAUGAGAACAAGCGGCGGAUCUACGACGAGUACGGCUCCAUGGGGCUCUACG